GCCCGCCCGUCGGGGACGGAUUCUAGUGGGUGGAAGGAGACGCCGCUGCCGUAGCUUCGCUUCGGGACAGGGGCCGCGCGCUGGAGCCCAGAGCCCGGAGCCGCGAGCGGGCGGGGGGCGGCUUGUCAGCGGGAAAAGCUUUCACACGCUAACUUGUUUAUCUCGGCUGCGGACGGCGGCGGGUGAGCGGUGCCCUGCCUGAGUUUCUUUCUAGGGGCCGCCCAGUCGCCCAUUUUACGGUGAACUCCGAACCGCGUCGCCCCGAUAUUUCCUCUACCCUGGUGGGCCCGAGCGCACUCCGGGGAUGUGUGGAGGCCCCUUCGAGCCACACUUCUGGCGGGCCUGCGGGUGUGUGUGUACACGCAGGGGGCCGACGGCUAGCAAUUUGGAGACUUCGGCCCGGGCCAGCGAUGUCUGGUAGAAGUGGGCGUGUCGGGGAGAACGCAACAGCUAAUUUUUGCUGAUGGACUCCAAAGAAUCAUUAACCCCACCUAGUAGAGAAGAAGUCCCCAGCAGUGCACUUGGUUCAGAGAGGCGGAAUGUGAUUGAUUUCUAUAAAACCCUAAGGGGAGGAGCUACUGUGAAGGUUUCUGCAUCUUCUCCCUCACUGGCUGCUGCUUCUCAGUCAGAUUCCAAGCAGCGAAGACUUUUGGUUGAUUUUCCAAAAGGCUCAGGAAGCAAUGCACAGCAGCCAGAUCUGUCAAAAGCUGUUUCACUCUCAAUGGGACUGUAUAUGGGAGAGACAGACACAAAAGUGAUGGGAAAUGACCUGGGAUUCCCACAGCAGGGCCAAAUCAGCCUUUCCUCUGGAGAAACAGACUUUCAGCUCCUGGAAGAAAGUAUUGCAAACCUCAGUAGGUCGACUAGUAUUCCAGAAAACUCCAAGAGUUCAGCAUCUGCUGUGGCUGGAACCCCCACAGAGGAGUUUCCCAAAACUGAGUCUGAUAUAUCUUCAGAACAGCAAAACCUAGAGGGUCAGACUGGCACCAAUGGUGGCAAUGUGAAGUCGUAUCCCACAGACCAAAGCACCUUUGACAUCUUGCAAGAUUUGGAGUUUUCUUCUGGGUCACCAAGUAAAGAGACGAAUGAGAGUCCUUGGAGAUCUGACCUGUUGAUGGACGAAAACUGUUUGCUUUCUCCUUUGGGAGGAGAGGACGAUCCAUUCCUUUUGGAAGGGAACUCGAAUGAAGACUGCAAGCCUCUUAUUUUACCGGACACUAAACCUAAAAUUAAGGAUAAUGGAGAUGUGAUCUUAUCAAGUCCCAACAGUGUACCACUGCCCCAAGUGAAAACAGAAAAAGAAGACUUCAUUGAACUCUGCACCCCUGGGGUAAUUAAGCAGGAGAAACUGGGCCCAGUUUAUUGUCAGGCAAGCUUUUCUGGGGCAAAUAUAAUAGGUAAUAAAAUGUCUGCCAUUUCUAUACAUGGUGUGAGUACCUCUGGAGGACAGAUGUACCACUAUGACAUGAAUACAGCAUCCCUUUCUCAGCAACAGGAUCAGAAGCCUAUUUUUAAUGUCAUUCCACCAAUUCCUGUUGGUUCAGAAAAUUGGAAUAGGUGCCAAGGAUCUGGAGAUGACAACCUGAGUUCCUUGGGGACUGUGAACUUCCCUGGUCGAUCAGUUUUUUCUAACGGCUUUUCAAGCCCUGGAAUGAGGCCAGAUGUAAGCUCUCCUCCAUCUAGUUCCUCAACAACAGGACCACCUCCCAAACUCUGCCUGGUGUGCUCUGAUGAAGCCUCGGGAUGUCAUUAUGGGGUCUUGACAUGUGGAAGCUGUAAAGUAUUCUUCAAAAGAGCAGUGGAAGGUAGACAGCACAAUUAUCUUUGUGCUGGAAGAAAUGAUUGCAUCAUUGAUAAAAUUCGGAGAAAAAACUGCCCAGCCUGUCGCUAUCGAAAAUGUCUUCAAGCUGGAAUGAACCUGGAAGCUCGAAAAACAAAGAAAAAAAUUAAAGGAAUUCAGCAAGCCACUACAGGAGUCUCACAAGACACUUCUGAAAAUCCUAACAAAACAAUAGUUCCUGCAACAUUACCACAACUCACCCCUACGCUGGUGUCACUCUUGGAAGUCAUUGAACCUGAGGUGUUAUAUGCAGGAUAUGACGGCACUGUUCCAGACACAACCUGGAGGAUCAUGACCACACUCAACAUGUUAGGUGGACGCCAAGUGAUUGCAGCAGUGAAAUGGGCAAAGGCAAUACCAGGAUUCAGGAACUUACACCUAGACGACCAAAUGACCCUUCUGCAGUACUCAUGGAUGUUUCUCAUGGCAUUUGCCCUGGGGUGGAGAUCAUACAGACAAUCAAGUGGAAAUGUGCUGUGUUUUGCUCCUGAUCUGAUUAUUAAUGAGCAGAGAAUGGGUCUACCCUACAUGUAUGACCAAUGUAAACAGAUGCUAUUUGUUUCCUCUGAGUUAAAAAGGCUUCAGGUAUCUUAUGAAGAGUACCUCUGUAUGAAAACCUUACUUCUUUUCUCUUCAGUUCCUAAGGAAGGUUUGAAGAGCCAAGAGCUAUUUGAUGAAAUUAGAAUGACCUACAUCAAAGAGCUAGGAAAAGCCAUUGUCAAAAGAGAAGGAAACUCCAGCCAGAACUGGCAGAGGUUUUAUCAGCUGACAAAACUUUUGGACUCCAUGCAUGAAAUAGUUGGAAAUCUCCUUAACUAUUGCUUCCAAACAUUUUUGGAUAAGACUAUGAGUAUUGAAUUCCCUGAGAUGUUAGCUGAAAUCAUCACCAAUCAAAUACCAAAAUAUUCAAAUGGAAAUAUCAAAAAACUUCUAUUUCAUCAAAAGUGACUGCCUUACUAAGAAAGAUUGCCUUAAAGAAAGUUGAAGUUUUAGCUUUUAUUGUACAAACUAUCAAUUUGUCUUGUAGACGUUUUGUUGUUUUUUCCGUCUGUUUUGUUGUUGUUGUUGUUAAGUAUGCACUACAUGUGGUUUAUAGAGGGCCAAGACUUGGCAACAGAAGGAGGUGAGUCAUCACUUUAAAGUGAUGGGUAAGUAGAUACUGAAAUUUAUUAUUUGGAAUAUCCUAGAAAUUAGAAUAAUGUGAGGGUAAUCUCCACCAUCAGAGAAAGAUGACACCUGAACCACCAGUGCCCAAAGUCUGUGUAAUGAACUUUGUGCUCAUACUUUUCAGCUGGCUGGAUACAACUUUCUAGACUUUUUGUUGGUGUAUUUUCCCAUGUAUAAUUAGGGUAGCAUUUUUGAUUUAUGCAUGGAAUCCUGAAAAAAGUUUACAAGUGUAUAGCAGAAAAGGGAAGUUGUGCCUUUUAUAGCUUUUACUGUCUGGUUUUAACAAUUUCCUUUAUAUUCAGUGAACUACGCUUGCUCAUUUUUUCUUACAUAAUUUUUGUAUUCAAGUUUAUUGUACAGCUGUUUAAGAUGGGCAGCUAGUUCAUAGCUUUCCUUAAUAAACUAAACAUUAAUCUGCGUGAAAAUGGGUUGGUGCUUCUAACCUGAUGGCCCUUAGCUAUCAGAAGACCACAAAAUUGACUCAGAUCUCUAGUAUUCUUGUCAAAAAAGCUCAUAUUUUGUAUAUAUCUGCUUCAGUGGAGAAUUACAUAGAUUGUGCAAAUUAACCAUUCUAACUGGUAUAGAGCACCUAAUCCAGUGACCUGCUGGGUAAACUGUGGAUAAUGGUUACAAAAACUAAUUUUAAAAAAUACUUACCAAAAGGCCCUGUUUUUACCCAGUUCCCUACCUCUGCAGUGGUUAGAUGGCAAGAAAGUUGGUAAACUAAAUGUCUUUUGGGACCUUUUGAAGUAGUGUGUAUAACUUCUUAAAAGUUAUGAUUCCAAAUAACCAGCUGUAACACAGCUGAGAGAUUUUUUUAAUCAGACCAAGUAAUUCCUCUCACCAAACUUUACCCAAAAACUAAAUGUCUAAUAUGGCAAAAGUGGCUAGACACCCAUUUUCACAUUCCCAUCUGUCACCAAUUGGUCUAUCUUUCCUAGUGGUACAGGAAAGCUCAGCUACUGAUCUUUGUGACUUAGAAUUGAAUGUCAGACAUCUAUGUUUGUGGAACUACACAUCCCUACAUGUGCCAUAGAAUUUAACACAAGGCCUGUGAAUUUCUUCACUGUUGAGAAUUAUUUUAAAACAGAAGCUGUAGUAGCCCUUUCUGUGCGCAUCUUACAAACUUUCUGUAACCUCAAAACUUAACAUAUUUACUAAGCCACAAGAAAUUUGAUUUCUAUUCAAGGUGGCCAAAUUAUCUGUGUAACAGAACUGAAAAUCUAAUAUUAAAAUAUGAAACUUCUAAUAUAUUUUUAUAUUUAGUUAUAGUUUCAGAUAUAUAUCAUAUUGGUAUUCACUAAUCUAGGAAGGGAAGGGCUACUGCAGCUUUACAUGCAAUUUAUUAAAAUGAUUGUAAAAUAGCUUGUAUAGUGUAAAAUAAGAAUGAUUUUUAGAUGAGAUUGUUUUAUCAGGACAUGUUAUAUAUUUUUUUGUAGGGGUCAAAGAAAUGUUGAUGGUUAAUCUAAAUGAUUCAUAGUGUGUACAAAUAUUCAUAUGGGAAGCAAUGGUCUCAAAAAUCAAACAAGUCUGUUCUAGGGCAGUGAUGGCGAACCUUUUAGAGCUUUCAGUGAUACAAACAGCCCUCUGCAUCUUGCAUGCCAUAGGUUCACCACCACUGCUCUAGGGGAAGAUGGGAGACUGGCCCUGUGUGCAUGAAGGUUGCUGAGGCUCUGACCCAAUCAGAUCACAGAGGAAUUAAUUCUUUGCCUCCCCUUCUGACUACCCUUCUCAUUCCAAGAGUGAGUCUGUUAGUACAGGUUUAGUUUAUUAAAUCUCCCCUUGCAUUUACAGUGUGUAAACGAGACAGAAAGGUGGUGCUCACAUACGUAUAGGCAUCAUCUAACAGCAGGGUUACUUUCACAUACAGCCUCUCCAACAGGCUUUAGAAGUUUGGCAAUAAUGUGCAUAGAGGUACCAGCAAUAUGUAAAUAGUGCAGAAUCGCAUAGGGUGCCAGUAAUACACUAAUUCCUUUCUAUCCUACAACAUGAGUUCAUUUCCAAGUACAAUGAGGACAUGUUUGUUUCUUUGAAUGCUUUUUGAAUGUUAUUUGCUAUUUUCAGUAUUCCAGAGAAAUUAUUUAAUAAAAAUGUAAUCAUUUGCUUUUUGAAUGCUCUCUAAAAGGGAAUGUUCCUUUUGUAAUGGUUUAAAUUUUCUCAAAGUACUUUAAGAUGGUUUGUAACCCAGCUGGAUGUGAAUUUAUGGUGCCUAAGAAAUACCACUUGAAUAUUAGCAAUGACAGUGUUAAGUUUCAAAAAAGAGCUUCUCAAAGUAGAUUAUUGUUCAUUUAUAGAAUGUUACAUGGUUAAAACCAGAAAGCACAUCACACUUUAGUCUUUAGUCCCAAGUCAACUGAGUCAUAAAACAACUUAAGAGGCUUUUCAUUAAAUGGAAAAAGAAGCUAUGCUCUUUUAGAAUAUGUGAGAAAGUUACCUAAUUAUGUUUGACUAUUAUAAUGGAUUUAAGUGAAAAAUAGUUUGAAAGCAGCUUCAGAGUUGGUGAUUCACAACAAAUCCAAAAGUAUUUUUUAAUUACUGGUGGUAAACAAUGACCUUCUCAGUGUUUUUCAGCAUUGCUGGGGGUUCUGAACCCUCAGCAGAACUGAGGGGCUAAAGACUUGACCUGUCUUUGAUACACCCAAAUAUGCAGAACUAUCAGAUGGAACCUAAAAGAGCACCUCCUUUCUCUUUGGGGGGUGGGGGCGUGGCCAUCCCAAAAGGAGAAUUAACAUGAGUGUUUGAAGAGCUUCAUAAUAAGCAUAGGAAGAGCUCUGAGCAAGCACACACAGGAAAGCCAGCCUUACUUUAGGAUUUGAGGGGUAGACAGGAGGAAAUGAACAAUUUCAUUUUUACUUGUUCUAUCAUUAGUUCCCCCUUUUAAAUACCCUAAAACUACUUCAUCAUGAAAUGAACAACAAUGUGAUACGCUGAUCUGUCCAAAUGCAAGAAUCAUGGUAGCCUUCAGUGAGCUUUUGAUCUUGGUUGGUCACCCCAACAACUGCAGCUGUAGAUGAAUGUGUUUUUAUGUGCCUGGUUUCAGUGUUCAAAGGGAAAAAUAAACAUGUACAGUGAACACUUUAAACCACUUUGGAUGAAAGUUUUGUCAUGUUCCAGACUAUUUUCAAUCAACCUGGUCCACCGAGGAUUAGUGACCAGGUUUUCAGGAAAGGAUUAGUUUCUCUCUAGUAAAUGUCUGAAAGAUUUUAUUUUCUGAUAAAAGGCUGUUUGAAAAUACCCUCCUGAAAUAACUUGCUUAACUACAUAUAGAUUCAAGUGUGUCAAUAUUCUAUUUUGUAUAUUAAACAAAUGCUAUAUAAUGGGGACAAAUUAUAUUAUACUGUGUAUGGCAUUAUUAAGAAGCUUUUUCAUUAUUUUUUAUCACAGUAAUUUUAAAAUGUGCAAAAAUUAAAACCAGUGACUCCUGUUUAAAAAUAAAAGUUGUAGUUUUUUAUUCAUGCUGAAUAAUAAUCUGUAGUUUAAAAAAUGUCUUUUUACCUACGCAGUGAAAUGUCAGACUGUAAAGUGUGGAAAUGUUUAACUUCUAUUUUUCAUUUAAAUUUGCUGUCUGGUAUUAUCAAACCACACGUUUGUACUGAACUGGCCGUAAAUGUUAGUUAGCCAUUUACAGCAAUGCCAAAUAUAGAGAAACAUCAUAAUAAAACUCUGCUUUUUCAUUA